GAAAUACUUAAAACCAUUCAUCUAAUCUGCCAUCACGACAGUGGUUCCCAGGAAGCACCAAAAUACUAUCAUCGACUUCUCACCACUUUCUCAACGCCUUCGUUCCCCAGAGUGGAGCGAGAAAUACUUCACGACAGUGGCCCUCAUAGAGCCAGCGUAGCGUCGUUAGAUCAAUCUAUCGCUUCAUAGGUUCAUCAAGCCGACCGUUCAUCAUAUCAAUUCCGCUGCUUGCACCACAUCGAGCCAUCAACUAGUCUGUCAUCACAAUAGUAGUCUUCAGAGAACCAACGAAGCGUCAUUCAAUCCAGCAUUUUUAUCACUUCACUCUAUAAUGAAUUCAAAGUUUAUUCUCAUUUUUAUCCUCAUCAGCAUCCUCAACCUCAUCCUUAUCAUAGCUAAUAUUCCUCGAAUAUCCACCUCCUUUCAUUAUUCAUCACCCACCGAUUUUCGCCUCACCACCGAACACCCAAUCAACACCUCCAUCCCAUGCACCAAUAAUCUUGCCACCACCGCCCGCAACGCACCCCACUAUCUAAACCUACACAUUGCGCCAACAGCCAGCCAUGCCCAAAUCGUACAUGCGUACCGAAUGCAUGUCUUAGCCUUACAUCCCGAUAAACUCUCAGCCUACUACCGAAAAUUGACAAAUCGGAAGCCCGAAAAUGGCGGUCGGGAUAUUGAUGAUCGGGAUAUGGAAACACGACUUGCGGCUGCGAGACGUGCAUACGAACUUGUGCGAUUGGCAUGGAAAGUGUUGGGAUCAUCAGAUCGGAGAAAGCAUUAUACGUCUUUCAAUUAUUACUUACAUGACGAGAAUAGCGACGGCAGGGAUAAGGACAAAAAGAGACAACAUGGGAGAGGUGGAGGAAUAGAGGAGGAGGAGGAGGAGCAUGAGGAAAUCACCACAGGACCCUGGUUAGAAACGUACGGCAAUUCGCCUAUCGAUAUAGCAUGUCGAAACUGGACCAUUGGAGCCAAAAAGCUCGGUGAUUGGAAAUGUUGGGAGUUGAUGUCGAGGAGGAUGUGGACUACGAUACUGAGGGAUGAAUUGAAUCGAAGACGGAUUGCAUGGGAAGAUGAUGGAUCGCCAUUACCUUACCCAUUACGAGAGGAAGGAAUUGGGAACCUUAGUCCUCGGGAUUUGAUGGCAUAUUCGUAUCAAGAAUUGGAAGAGCAGCGCAAACCUUGGUUUUCGACUUACGAACUUAUCUCUGAAGACGAGAGGAUGAGAAGGAGUACGUCCACGAUGGGAUGGGUUAAUGCUAUACAUUUUGUAGUGGAUAAUCUUUUUCCGGAGAAAUUCAGUGAUUGGGUUUGGAUGAUGGCCGAGAGGAGAAGAUUGGGUGGACGAGUGGAGACGGGGUUGGUGGAAAAGAAAUGGCAAUUUUGGGAGGGGUGUAACAUGUUUGAAGUUGAUGUUCGAGUAAGGGGAGGGAAGAAUGAUGGUGAUACAUUAAUCGGUGAAGGAAAAGAUAAAUGGUCGAUGAGGAGAUCGGAUACUCGGUGGGAAACUCUCGGAGAAGAGUUGUUUUCUUUGGAUUCUUCGUUGUUUUUGAUGUCUCCUGGGAUAGUCAUUCUUGGACUAUUGAUUUGGGGGGCAUGGGUACUGGGAAAAAGAAUGUGGGUAAUCAUGGAAUUGAAGGAUAAAGGGAAGUUCCAGAUACAGAGAGUAAUGGCAUGGCUACCGGAAAGAAGAGAAAUGAAGAAAAGGAAUGAAACGAAGAAAAAGAAUGAAACGAAGAAAAGGAAUGAAACGAAGAAAAAGAAUGAAAUGAAGAAGAGAGAAAUGACACAGAAGAGAGAGGUGACGCAGAAGAGAGAGGUGACGCAGAAGGAAGGAGAUUGUAUAAUGGGAACGUGGAAGAGGGAUAGAGAUUUGAUGAGAAAGACUGAUGCAGAGAAGACUGGAGAGGAUGAUGGAAUCAAACCCAAUGGUGAAUCCAAACAGCACCGACGCAAUAUCAAUUACAGUGAUGAAGAGGAAACGAAGUCUCAAGAGAUGGAGAGUGCCAGCGAUAUCGAGAGUGAGAUUUACGAUACUCAAGAAAAUGACGAUAUGAGUGACAGGGACAGUGCCAGCGGGGUGACGAUACUCUCGAGAGUGAGUGACGGAAUGAGAGCGAAAAAAAGUCGGACAUGAUGAUAAAUGAAUAAAUGGAUUUCUUUUUUGGGCUUUGGUUUAUGGGUUUUGGGUUAUGGGCUAUGCCAUAUGAUGAACUUAAAUUGAAUAAACAGAUAGAUAGAGGGACAGACACA